ACAACUACUGCACCAACCACGACAACUACUGCCCCAACCACGACUACUACUGCUCCAACCACAACAACUACAGCUCCAACCACAACAACUACUGCCCCAACCACAACUACUACAGCUCCAACCACAACAACUACUGCCCCAACUACAACUACUACUGCACCAACCACAACAACUGCACCAACCACAACAACUACUGCACCAACCACAACAACUACUGCCCCAACCACAACUACUACAGCUCCAACCACAACAACUACUGCCCAAACUACAACUACUACUGCACCAUCUACAACUUCUACUGCUCCAACCACAACAACUACUGCACCAACUACGACAACUACUGCACCAACCACGACAACUACUGCUCCAACCACAACAACUACUGCCCCAACUACAACUACUACUGCACCAACUACAACAACUACUGCUCCAACCACCACAACUACUGCACCAACCACAACUACUACUUCUCCAACCACAACAACUACUGCUCCAACUACAACUACUACUGCACCAACCACAACAACUACUGCACCAACCACGACAACUACUGCCCCAACCACAACU